UAUAUAAGGAGAAUCUGCAAGCAGCGACUCGUGCAACAACGACCACGCGCAGUUUAUCGCGGCUCGACGCGGAGGUUAUAGUUCGUGCGUCGUUUCUCUCGCCUUUAUCUUUCCUUCUUAUAGCGUUUCUCAACGCACUCUACUCGCGUAAUGCUCUUGCCAAGUCGUGUGACGACACUUGCGUUUGUCGCGUUCGCCGUAUUCGUCGGCAACUCGAUACCGAGCGCUACCGCCAAAUCCGUUCUCCACGAUUCUGCCAAUUCCAGACGAAUCUUCACGAUAUGCGUUCCCGACGUCUUUUGGGAGGAUUGCGUGGACAUGAUCAAGGACUCGGCCCACAAAGGAAUUCCCGUUUCCUGCAUCUCUGGACGCGACCGACUCGAAUGCAUCGAGCGGGUCGGCAAGAAGGAGGCUGACGUGGUAGCUGUCGAUCCGGAGGACAUGUACAUGGCAGUGAAGGACAACCAACUGGCCACCGGGGACACUUACAACGUGGUCGAACAAGUGAGGACCAAAGAGGAGCCGGACGCUCCGUAUCGCUACGAAGCCGUGGCCGUGAUACACAAAGAUCUGGCCAUCGAAAACGUGAACGGCCUUCGCGGACUAAAGUCCUGCCACACGGGCGUGGGUCGCAACGUGGGUUACAAGAUACCGAUCACCAAACUUACCAGCAUGGGUGUCCUCAACAAUUUACACGAUCCGGAAUACUCGGCACGCGAGAACGAGCUACGCGCCUUGAGUUCGCUCUUCUCCAAGGGAUGCUUGGUCGGCACUUGGUCCCAGGAUCCGGCCAUCAAUCGCAGACUCAAGGAGACUUACUCCAACAUGUGCGCUCUCUGCGAGAAACCCGAGAUCUGCGACUAUCCCGACAUUUAUUCCGGAUACGAGGGAGCAUUGAGGUGUCUCGCGCACAACGGCGGCGAAGUAGCGUGGACCAAAGUGAUCUACGUGAAACGAUUCUUCGGCUUGCCGGUCGGUGUAUCCCGGGCGAUUCCGACCACGGAAAAUCCAGCCGACUUUCGAUACUUUUGCCCGGACGGUAGCAAAGUGCCGAUAGACAGCAACACGAAACCGUGCACUUGGGCUGCCAGACCUUGGCAAGGAUACAUGACCAACAAGGAUGUCAAAGACGUAGAAGCGGUUCAAAAGGAGUUGACGGAUUUGGGUAAACUGGGCGAAGAAGAAAAGGCGGCUUGGUGGAAAGACAUCAUGCUACUCGAUGAGAAAACUUUGGCCGUUCCCGCCCCGGUUGCGUUGCCCGAGAAUCAUCUGAAGAACGCGAAAUACUGGGAUGUGAUCGAAAGGAAUUCAGGAGCAACGGACAAGAGCGCUCGCUGGUGCGUCUGGGAUAAAAACACGCUCGAUAAGUGCCGCGCCCUCGGCAUAGCCGCCUAUUCUAGAGACGUCAGGCCAAAGUUGGAGUGCACGCUCGAAAAGAAUCUAGACGACUGCUUGAUGGCCACCAAAAUGGGUAACGCGGAUCUGAUGGUCCUCGAAGGCGGUUCGCUACUUCGUGCCUCGAAGGAGUUCAACGCCGUUCCCAUCGUCGCGGAAUCCUACGGACCAGGUUCGACGAAUUACAGCGAAAGGCCAGCGGUGGCGGUCGUUCGGAAAUCUGGCCCGAUAAACAAGCUAGAGGACCUGAGGGGCAAGAAAUCUUGCCACAGCGGAUACAAGGGUGACUUUGCCGGUUGGGCUGCACCGGUUCACGCGUUGAAACAGAAGGGUCUGGUGAAAUCGGAGGAUGACGUGGAAGACUUUUUCUCGGCAUCGUGUGCUCCCGGAGCGCCGACCGACUCGAAGCUGUGCAAACAAUGCGUCGGAAAUUUGGCGAGUAACAACGACGAGCUUCGAGCCGUGACCAAGUGCAAGCCGAACAAAGAGGAAACGUACAGAGGUGGAGCUGGAGCUCUCGCGUGUCUGAUGGCCGGCAAUGGCGAUGUCGCGUUCGUACCUUUGACCGCCUUGUCGGGCAACGUCACUGUCUCAAAGUCGGAGCUCGUGUUGCUCUGUCCCGAUGGCGGCCGUGCUUCCGUCGACGAAUGGCAGCGAUGCAACUUGGGCCUGGAUCCGCCACGUGUGAUCGUCGGUUCCGGCACUAAAACCGCAAAUGGCCUGGAGGAACUCACUCACGGCAUAUUAGCCGCCAGUACCCUAUACUCCAAGCGGCCCGAUCUUUUCCAGAUGUUCGGCGUUUGGGCCGAUCAAUCGAAUCUUCUGUUCCGGGAUCAAGCCAAGGGUCUCGUGUCGAUGGACAAAUCGUGGAACAAACAGAACGAGUGGAAGGAGACGCAACGGGAUUACGGUACGGCUUGAAGCGCCGACAUUGCCGUUUCCACGUCAUAAGAAGGCAUCGAGGAACGUGUCUUUUCAGACGCUGCAAUAAAGUACCAUAGAGCAUUA